ACGAUGUGUUGCACUUAAAACCGUCCGACGCGCUGCUGAUUUCAAGGCUUAGGAUGUGGCUUAGAUGGUUCUAAAUAACAUAAUUGUAAUUACAAAAUAAUAUGUUAGAGACUUUUUAAUUAUGAGAAUAAAAUAAACAAAAAUGUCAGAAAGUGAGUGGCAGGUUGCUCGGCGGCGAAAAGGACAAGCAAGGAAGUGUAAAUCUCAAGUGUCUUUAACCAGCGUCCACGAGCAGCUUGAUGUCGAGAAAGUUGUCAAACGGAUCAGGACCACUGUGACUGAAUUGAGAUGUGAAGAGUUUUGGCCCAAAUGGAAAGAUGAACUGCUGAUGGCAACCUCAGCAUCAGCACCCGCAGAGAAGGAUGUGACAGAGGAGCAUCUGCAGGGCAGAGAUGAUCCACCACAGUGUGUGUGUUAUGGCCUUGGCUCCUUUUCUUCUUGCGCUGCAGCCCGUUAUCAGCUUGCCAUGCUGCUUCUGCUGCUGGAAGUAUUACAGGUCUCACUAAAGAAUUGUUUCGUCUAUGAUCCCAUAUUCUCUUCUGGAGAGCAGAAAGUCUUGCGGGAGCUGGGAAUGACUGUACUCACAGAAAAUGAGGAGGGGAAGCGUCCAGUCACCAAGCCCACACUUUUUUAUCUCAUGCAUUGCGGGAAGGCCCUGUACAACAACCUGCUGUGGAAGAACUGGAGCGUACAGGGAUUAUCACAGCUACGAAUCAUUGGGAACAGCUUUAAUGGCAUGAGGGAAAGAACGAUGGAGAGAGUGUUCAAGCAGGAAUACAGCUACAUCAGUAAAGCCGUGGAGCUCUGUGAGGAGAAAACGCUGCCUUGUUCUUCUCGGAUGAUAGACGUCUUCAGUGAUACGGCAGUCAUUACGUUUCCCCGCCACAUCUUACUCAGAGCGCCACAGAUCAACUGGGCGGAAUCACAUGAACCUGAAUACAAAGACUGCCAGGAUUUGGAGAUUAUCCUGAAGACAAAUCAGAGCUGAAUUGACUCUUUUCUUUGAAAUAAACUUUUGAUAUAAAUGUA